AUGCCUAGCUUUCCAAGGGCAAGCUUGUUGAUAGCAUUCUUAAUCAUUCAGUCAAUGCUUGUAGUGAGUUCAGAGGCACGUCUUUCUCUUGUGUUCUCAACCCUGCCACAUAAGACUGAUAGCCGCCUUUUCUUGCGUAAACUGGGGUUUCAUGUACCAAAAAAUGAGUCUUAUCAGAGAAGGUUUCUUCUGGAUGGAGAUAUAAAGAGAACCUCACCCGGAGGACCAGAUCCCCAACAUCAUUAG